AUGGGAACAUUUGGUGGACAUGCAUUGCCUGGCAGUUUCUUUAUCGUCUAUGGACUAUGGUCAAUUUGGCAUAUUUUAGAAACAUACUAUAGAAGAAAGCUGUAUGAAUUAAAUAAAUGCAAUGAAUUUGUGCCAGAAUUCACUAACAGGAUAUCAUACCCACUUAACAGGCAAAAGUCUAAUGAUCGUCGUGAUUGUUGUAAAAAGUCGAUACCACUUGAUUCACUUGCAAAGUUUAUUUGUUGUAUUGGUGGGAUAACAGGUGAAGUAAUUACUGGAUUCAAUAGUGAUUGGGUAUUUGUUCAUAUCGGUAAUAUUCAACAUUCAAGCAUGUUUUCAUUGUUUGGAUUAAGUGGUCUUAUUGAAGUGUUUGUGUUCUAUGGAAUCUUGAAAAUUCCAAGGGAAUCAGAAUACCUAUUCAAUAUUAUAGCACUACUGGGAGAAUUCUUCUUGUUCAUGUUUCACUUACAUGGAAGAAGUCCAUUAGAUAUUUACCUUCACUUACUUCUAGCUGGAAUGAUUGUAUUAGCUGUUGGAAUAUCAUUGGCAGAAUUAAUGGCACCUCGUGAACCUGUCUAUGGUUUAAUGCGUAGUUGGACUUAUCUCAUGCAAGGGACAUGGUUUUGGCAAGUAGGUGCUAUUUUGUACCCCAAAUUCUCAUGGAUGCCAACAUGGGAUGAAAAUGCUACAGAGAGUUUACCCGCAGCUGCAAAUUUAUUCGCUUACCAUAUGGUAGCAAACUUUUUUGCAAUCAUUGUGAUUGUCAUCAUAGUUAUGAUUCGUAGUAAAGUUGGAUUAAUCGGUGAGGAGAAAAUGAAAAGUCGUUUAUCAACUGCAGCUACAGCAACAAUCAGAAGAGAGUAUCGAGAGAGAAAUUCUCAACAACAGACACAAUCACAACAAAAUUUCAUAGCUGAUAAUGAUUCUGAAGAGAUUGAAAUGUGGAAUUAUCAUCGAAGUGAUAUUAGUAGUAACAAAGAUCAGAGAGAUUCGUAAAAGGCGUAAUGAAUAUGACAGAAAUCGAUGAACUUAAGAUGUGUAUCUAAUGCUAAAUAUGUGAAAAUAUUUGUGACCAAUAACUAACUCUGGCGAUAGAUGUAUUGUGGUUUAUAUAAAGUGUGUACGUUCCCUCUAGAAUAAUUCUUCUAGUUUUUGCACAUAUUAUUCUAAUGGAUUCAUAAAUUAUUGGAAGAUUUUUAAGUUAGUACCAGUUUCUGGUGCGGGUAAUUCUGUUCUAAUUUAUCAGACAAAAUUUCAGAACUAACUCCAAAUUUGUUAUUGUUACACAUUAUUUCUUUCAUUUCCACCUUUUCGUAUAAUAUGCAGCUCACAAAUUUUAAUGCCAAAUGAGUCUGUAAUGUUGACUUCAUGAUAAGAGAUAUGACUAUGCAAUGAACUGUACUCAGUAUCAGUCAUUGACAGUCAAUCAAAAGGAGAUUGUAUUGCUUGUUGGCAG